AUGGUUAUUCAAGUAGGUUCUGGGGAAAUCAAUGAUUUAUCAAUAUUAAAUAUUCUUAAUGAAAAUAAUUUAUUAUAUGAAUUACGUAUUCGAUAUAAAAAAGGAAUUAUAUAUACAUAUAUUGGUGAUGUUCUUAUAGCUAUAAAUCCAUUUAAACAAUUAAAUAUCUAUGAAAAACAACAACAUGAUCUAUAUAAACAUAUUCAAUAUCGAAAUCAUUCACCACCUCAUAUAUUUUGGAUUGCGGAUCAUGCUUAUCGAAAACUCUGUUUAUCCAAACAAUCACAAUGUAUUAUUGUUACAGGAGAAAGUGGAUCUGGAAAGACUGAAUCGACCAAACUUAUGGUUUCACAUAUAAUUUAUUGUUCAGGUAAUAGCGGCGAUCGUGAAUUACAAAAUCGAAUCAUUGAAACUUCACCAUUAUUGGAAGCAUUUGGUAAUGCACAAACAUGUAUGAAUCAAAAUUCAAGUCGUUUUGGAAAAUAUUUACAAUUAAAUUUUACGGAUAAUGGUCGAAUUGUUGGUGCUAAGGUUUAUGAAUAUUUACUUGAAAAAUCUCGUAUUGUUCAACAUGGAUCAAAUGAACGAACAUUUCAUUUCUUUUAUUAUUUAUUUGCUGGUUUAGAGAAAGAAGAUUUGAAUUAUUUUCAUCUAAAUGAUCCAGAAACUUAUAGAAUUUUGAAAGAUCCUAGUGGAGAAAAAGUAUUUCCAAACCAAACAGAUUUUGAUCAUUGUCGGCAAAUGUUUAAUACACAAAAAAAUAUUAUGAAACGAAUGGGUUUUACUGAUAAAGAUAUAAAUAUAGUAUUUACAAUUCUUUCAGCUAUUCUUCAUUUGACAAAUAUUCAAUUUACACGUGAUGAUGAAACCGAUGGAGUUUAUAUUGAAGAUGAAUAUCCAUUAGAAGUUGUUUGUACAUUACUUGCACUUGAUCAAGAAAUAUUAACUAUGGCUCUUAUUUCAACAUUCAGUAUAACUAAAGGUGAACAUGUUAUAAGUUUAAAAAAUUUUGAUCAAGCUAAUGAUUGUCGUGAUGCUCUUGCUAAAGCUUUAUAUGAACGAUUAUUCUCUUGGAUUGUUAAACAAAUAAAUAAUCUUUUACAACCAACUAGACGGAAUAAUUCAAUAGAUGACGACAUUUAUCUUACAUGUUCCAUAUUAGAUAUGUCAGGUUUUGAAAAUUUUCAAAUGAAUAGUUUUGAACAAUUAUGUAUUAAUAUUACCAAUGAGCAUUUACAGUAUUACUUUAACGAACAUAUUUUUGUACAAGAACAACAAGAUUAUCAAACAGAAGGUAUAUCAUAUGAAAAGAUUCAUUUUCAAAACAAUGAAGAUUUAAUUGCAUUAUUUAUGGACUCAUUAGGAAUAUUAGCAUUACUUGACGAAGAAUCUCAUUUUCCAAAAGCAAAUGAUGAAUCACUUGUACAAAAAUUUCAUAGUCAUUGUAAAUAUCAUUCAAGAUAUAUUAAACCAAAAGGAAAUGAGACAACAUUUGGUAUUCAUCAUUAUGCUGGAAAAGUUGUUUAUGAUGCUCAUGGAUUUUUAGAAAAAAAUCGAGAUAAUCUUAGUAUAAAUUUAAUUGAAUGUAUGAAAAAAAGUGGAAUGGAUUUAAUUAAACAUUUAUUUUUAUUGACAGAUGAAAUAAAUCAUUCAUCAAUUUCACCAUAUACAAUGAUAGGUUACAAUAAAAAACAUCCGAAUUGGUAUCGAAAAUCUUCUGCAAAUGAACAUAUACAAGAUCAUAUGACUGAACAAACUAAUAAAUCAAAUCAACAAGAAUUAAAAUUCUUUAAAACGAAUAUACAUUUCAAAGAAUAUUUCAAUCAAAAUACUGUUGCUUUUCAUUUUAAAAUAUCUCUUGCUGAAUUACUUGAUAGAAUGAAAGAUACUGAACCAUCAUUUGUCAGGAUAUAA